AUGUAUUUGCGUUGCCGAGUACAAGUUGUUCUUCCUCGAUACAGUCGACGAUUACAAUCAAUCGAAUCUUGUCACCUUCAUUCUGCGGCUUUUAUGGAACAAUUUUGUACAGUUCGAUUUGAUACCGAAGUGGCUUUCCACGCCGGAAUCUCAGCAGAUCUUACACUACUACUGCCAGUUCCAACUCGAUCCAAAACUUAUGGGUCACGCCCGAAAUAUUGGCAGUCGACUGCAGCAGGCGAAGAUGGAGGACAUGCAGGCCUAGUAUUGUUCCCGUCGUCAUAUGUCGACAUUAUGAGAAGUUACAGAAGGCUCUGUUGA